AUGUCCUUCCCUAAGGCGCCCCUGAAACGAUUCAAUGACCCUUCUGGAUGUGCACCAUCCCCAGGUGCUUAUGAUGUUAAAACUUCAGAAGUAUUGAAAGGACCAGUAUCCUUUCAGAAGUCACAAAGGUUUAAAAAGCAAAAAGCAGAAUCACAACAAAAUCUUAACGUUGACAAAGAUACUACCUUGCCUGUUUCAGCAAGAAAAGUCAAGACUUCAGGAUUAAAGAAGGAAUCUCAGAAGAAUGAUAAAGAUUUGAAGAUGUUGGAAAAAGAGAUCCGCAUUCUUGUGCAGGAGCGUGGAGCUCAGGACAGGCGGAUCCAGGAUCUGGAAGCUGAGUUGGAGAAGGUGGAAGCAAAGCUAAACGCUGCCGUCAGGGAAAAAACAUCUCUCUCUGCAAGUAAUGCUACACUGGAAAAACAGCUUAUUGAAUUAACCAAGACUAAUGAGCUCCUAAAAUCUAAGUUUUCUGAAGAUAAUAACCAGAAGAAUUUGAGAAUUCUAAGCCUUGAGUUGAUGAAACUGAGAAACAAAAGGGAAACCAAGAUGAGGAGCAUGAUGGCUAAACAGGAAGGCAUGGAGGUGAAGCUGCAGCUCACCCAGAAGAACCUCGUGGAGUCUCAGGAGAAAAUAGUGCAACUUGAGGGGAAACUUGUUUCAAUAGAGAAGGAAAAGAUUGAUGAAAAAUCUGAAACAGAAAAGCUCUUAGAAUACAUUGAAGAAAUAAGUUGUGCAUCAGAUCAAGUGGAAAAAUACAAGCUAGAUAUUGCCCAGUUAGAAGAAAAUCUGAAAGAGAAGAAUCAUGAAGUUUUAAGCCUUAAGCAGUCUCUUGAGGAAAAUAUUGCUAUAUUGUCUAAAGAAAUAGAAGACAUGAAGUCUAAAUGCCAGGUGCUUGAAGAAGAAAAAGAAGACCUUAUCAAUAGGAACAGAGAACUGGACGAAAAUCUAAAUUCUGAGAUACGAACCUUAAAAGAGAGGUCUAUUCUUGAAAAACAAGAACAUGAAGAGCUACAACAAAAAGUAUUGCAAAUGGAUUCACUUCUGCAACAAGAGAAGGAAUUAUCUUCUGGUCUUCAGCAGAAGCUCUGUUCUUUUCAAGAAGAAAUGAUUAAAGAGAGAACUCUCUUUGAGGGAGAAUUAAAGCAGGCCUUGGAUGAGCUGGAUAAAUUACAGCAAAAGGAGGAACAAGCUGAAAACCUGCUUAAGCAACUGGAAGAGGAAGCAGAAUCUAGAGCUGCAGAACUAAAACACCUCGAAGAAAAGCUGAAAGGGAAAGAAGCCGAACUGGAUGAAAGUAAUGCUGCUCAUACUCAGGCCACCUUGCUUUUGCAAGAAAAACAUAACAGUACAGUGCAGAACCUGGAAGAUGUUACUGCUCAAUUUGAAAGCUAUAAAGCAUCAACAGCAAGUGAGCUAGAAGAUCUUAAGGUGCAGAACAAAUCACUUAAGGAAAAACUGGCCAAGGCUGAGCAAAGUGCAGAGGAUGUCCGAGAUCAAAUAUUGGCAACUGAGAACUCUAAUCAAGAAUAUGCAAGGAUGCUCCUAGAUCUGCAGACCAAAUCAGCACUUAAAGAAGCAGAAAUGAAAGAAAUUACAGUUUCUUCUCUUAAAAGAAUAUCUGAUUUACAGAACCAACUCAAGCAACGAAGCGAAGACUUUAAGAAACAACUGGAAGAGGAAGAAGCAAGAAAAGCUGGAAAAGAAAACUCAAUAGCAGCAUUAACUGAGGAAAUGAAUAAGUGGCGUCUCCUCUAUGAAGAAUUAUAUAAUAAAACAAAGCCUUUUCAGCUACAACUGGAUGCAUUUGAAGCAGAGAAACAGGCUUUGUUGAAUGAACAUGGUGCAGCUCAGGAACAACUGAAUAAUCUAAGAGAUUCAUAUGCUAAAUUAUUGGGUCAUCAGAAUCUAAAGCAAAAAAUCAAGCAUGUUGUGAAACUGAAAGAUGAAAAUAGCAAUCUCAAAUCGGAGGUGUUAAAACUCCGUGCUCAGCUUACUAAAAGAAAACAAAGUGAAGCAAAACUUCAGGAGGAAUUGAAUAAAGUUCUGGGUAUCAAACACUUUGAUCCUUCAAAGGCUUUUCUUCAUGAAAGUAAAGAAAAUUUUGUUCCCAAAACUCCAUUAAAAGAAGGCAAUACAAACUGCUCCUGA